ACAGAUAUCAGUUACCAAACCGAUCUAGUCUUCUAACAAUCAACAAAAAAACCAAUCAAAAAUGAAAUUCGCCGUUGCUUUUGCCGCCGUCUUGGCUGUGGCUUCUGCCCAGCUUUCUGCAUUCGCUCCAUUCAGACAAGAGCUUCGUCCCAGUGCCCCUGCUCCUCGUCCCCAAGCUGCUGUCUCCGGCCGUGUCGCCAGCUCUGACCAGGCCGCCAGCAUCAUCCGUUACGACAACGAUGUUGGACCCGACGGCAGCUACAGCUAUGCUGUGGAGACCGACAACGGUAUCGCUGCUCAGGCCCAGGGUACUCCUCGUGACUUCGGUGGCAACCCACCCAUCAUCCCUGUAGUCGCCCAAGGAUCCUUCUCAUGGGUUGCCCCCGACGGCCAAAACGUCGUCAUCUCCUACGUCGCUGAUGAGAACGGAUACCAACCCUCCGGUGAUGCCAUCCCCACCUCUCCCCCAGUCCCCCCACAAAUCGCCCGCGCUCUUGAGUACCUCGCCAGGAUCCCCCAGAAGAAGUAAAUGGACCAUCGGCUUUAGACAAAACUUAGCUUAAAUUAUAACAUUAACGUGAACCCUGUAAAUAAAUUUAAUGUACCUGUAUAUACGAAUCCUUAUAUACAUAUUUCCAACACAUCGUUGGAAUUAGCAAAA